AUGGCGGGAAUGGUGACGGCUCUCGAGGGAUUUGGCGCAAGGCGGCCCAAGGGCUUGAGGAGGAGGCCGCGGGCCGGCAGAGCUGAGAUCCUUGUGUCCCGCACUCAGACUUUAGUUGCCCCGACUGUACCAUGGGAGGAAGAGGGAGACCCAGGGCUGGGUCCUAGGCUGGGGGAGUCGGGGAGCUGCAAAGAGGAGCAGGUGUUUGUGGCCCUCGUUGGAGGGUGGGCCGCAGGUCAAGCCAGCCCUCCGUCCCCAUCCUGAGGCACCUCCUCUCCUGGGCUGUGCCCGCAACAGGGCCCUCUUCUCUCCUGCCAGGUGCUCAGGUCGCCUCCACUCUGCCUCUGUUGUCGGCUCCCCCUGGGUUCCCCGGCGGGGCACUCUGCCGAAACUACCUAACGGGCCAGGGCUGCCCCGGGGCGCCCCAGCCCUGGAGACCGUGGUGGAGGGUUCUGUGGAGCACCGCGGGCCUGGGACGCUAUUGCUGGGUGGGGCUUCCUCACUGGCCCUGCUUUGGCCGCUCCUGGAGGCCUUGGGUGGGGCUGGGAAGGCCGGGCCCUGUGGGCAGCAUCCCCCAGCCCCCAUCCUGGCAGAUCCAUGACAGGGGCGCCUCACAGGCUAGUCCAUGGCCAUGGUGUCAGUCCCUCCUUGUUCUGCGCUUGCUUUUUGGGGUUUCCUAGGCUCUCCGUAGUCCUAGUGUUUCUCAGGCAAAUCCCAGCCACUACUCCUCCAUCUGCGUCCCCUGUUCCCCCAGUGCUGAGCUGGCUGAACUGUGAGCUUUCCUGCUCCUUGCCUCAGGAAGCUAGGGACAGCCCAGUCACCUCUGGCCGGAGGCAGGCCUUGGGCCAGGCUGACCUGGCUGGUCUCAGGGCUGUGCUGGGCUUCUUCCCAUAUUGGCCUGUGAAGUACAGAUCCCCAAAUAUGCCCUGCUUCCUGCCUCCAGGAGUCCGCGACCGAGGAGGGGGAUCAAUGGCAAUGACUGCCUCAUGGGCAACCCGAUGGACUGGAGAUUUCAGUGCCCUUGUCUGGGUUCUGGUCUUGCCUUCUUGACCCACUCACUGGGCAGGUCACUGUCCCCUGGAAUCUGAUAUCUCAUCUGUAGAACAAGGAUGAUGCCUAAUGUGGAAAGGCCUUGGCUUGGGGGCGAGUGGGGGAAGGUUUAGGGCAGACCACAGGGCCAGUUAGGGAUGUGUGCUGGAGCUGGGGAACCUGGGAGGGAGGGUAUUAGGCUUGAGGGUCAGUGGACACCACAGGGAUUGCUGUUGGCAGAGGGACAUGUGAAUGGCAGUUGGCCUGGGAGCCAGCAUGUGUCUUGAAGGCAUCAUGUCCUGCAAAGUCCAGGUGAGGCCUGGGCAGUGCCUGCCGUGUGGGACCACAGCCCCUGGUGGCUCUUAGUUGUGUCCUGACACCCAAAGAAGGUCUUAGUACCUCUCACCGACCUAAUUCCUGAGCCACCUAACCCCAAAUGAGCUAGAAUUGCCUUCCCAACCAUGUUUGCGGGGUCUGUCUUGUCUAUUGCAGCGCAAACUGGUCCCUGAGCACGCAGGAGAGCAGAAGAAGGACAGACGGACGGAUGGAUGGAUGAAUGAAGGCGGGAAGCAUAGGCUGAGGGGAUUUAGGGCAUGUGUGGUGAGGAUGCUGUGGAGAGGAGACCACACAGGCAGGAGCUGAGCUGGUGAAAGGGAGGGUUCUAGCUCCCAGGAGAAGGGUCUGGGCCAUUGACACGAGGGGCUUGGUCCUAGGAGGUGGGUGGUCCAGAGGUUGAAAGGAGCAGAGGAGCCCAGAUGGGCAAGGGAAUGGAGCUGGGGUGCAGAGAGGAGCCCCCACACGACUGCCCACCUCCUGCGCAGGGCCUGGGACUCUGGGUGGUGGGAAGAGGCAGUUUCGUGGCAGAGAGGGAGGCCCGGGCCCCUGUAGCCUGGACUCUGUGGAUCUGGUCAGGGACUGGGGAGGAUCAGGUGGAGGGAGGAGCAGGAGAGCAACUGCCCUUUAUCCCAGCACAGGGGGCGAUGGGAGCCCAGGGAAGGCAGGACCCUGGCUUCGGGCCUCCGCAGGCAUUUUCUCUGCUAGAAUAUCUCGCUACCUCUCUCCCUUCACCUUCUCCUCCAAGUCCCACCCAGAUGCUGCUUCUGUGAGUUGCCAUGGGGAUUCUCUCACCACACCCCCCACCCCCCACAGGGGAGGCCUGUUCCAGGAGUCACUGGGCAGGGGCUGCUGCUGCUGCCCUUCUAUGCCCCACCCCUCAGAUGUGCCGCUGCAGCCCCGGUCUUUGGCAUCAGCCGUCACCUGGUGGAGAGGCUGCCGGAGCUGGCCAAGCAGAGGGAGGCCGAUGGUGUCACUUGGUGUCUCCUCUGGCGUAUGGGCAGGAGAUUUCUCCCCAGAGGCCCCGGGCUGGUGUUUGUCUGCCCCUGUGUCACAGGAGGACUCACCUCUGGUCCCUCAGUGGCCUCUGCAAACCCUGAGCCAGCCUGGGGGAGGCUGCUCAGUGGGGAAGAAGCAGUGGCCAGGCUCUGCUUGGUCAACUUGCCCUCCUGUCAGCCUCCAGGGCUGCUUUGUCACACCUGCCCAGGGACCCAGCAGCCGGUCCUCACCCCUCCCAUCCUCAGUGCAGACACCCUGGGGCAUUCUGAGGCCCUGCACCCAGCACGGCCCCUUCAAGCCUCUCACAGGGUCCCGCCCAGGACUACUGGGCUCUGUGUCCUCGGGGCCAUCUAGAAACACUCCUUUGUCCCCCCUUCAGCAGCGUAGUAUGUGUUGCCCGCCAUUUGAGGGAGGUGCAGGUGCCAAUCCUUCACGUGACGUGAUGUGGCUCACCGCAGCCUGUGUACAUGUGAGCAGCCGCGUGCAGAGGGGAAGCUCUCCCGGGCCUCGGGGACUGUGACAUGGAGCAGGAGCCGCCCCCAGCCAGGCUGCUUUCAGCACAGCGUGGGCCCCCAGCACCUUUGUGCGGGGUGUGGCCCCUCGGAGGAGGGCUGUCAGGCGAAGCCUCGUAUGAGGGGAAUCAUAUGUGAGAGCUGGCAUAGCCCCUAGAGGUCAUUUGGGGUCCAACUGCCUCACCGUAUCAAUGAGGAAACUGAGGCCCAGAAGAGAAAAGCAUUCUUUCCCAGAGUCCCUCAGUGCCUCGGGAACCCUGAAGCUGGGCUGAGCCAUGAUGCUGCUGCCAGAACCCCUGGAGAGGGCCUGGUUUCAGGAGACUCAGAGUCCUCUGUGAAAAAGCCCUUGGAGAGCACCCCAGCAGGGCUGCACUUGGCUCCUGUGAGGAAGGGGCUUAGGGGCCUGGGCCCCUCCGCCUGGGCCAGGCUGGGAGCCAGGCGGGCAGCUGGGCUGCAGCGAUGGACCGUGAGCUGGCCCAGCCCGCGUCCGUGCUGAGCCUGCCUGUCUGUGGCCGUGCCCAUCAUGGGCUCCUCGGUGUACAUCACGGUGGAGCUGGCCAUUGCUGUGCUGGCCAUCCUGGGCAACGUUCUGGUGUGCUGGGCCGUGUGGCUCAACAGCAACCUACAGAAUGUCACCAACUACUUCGUGGUGUCGCUGGCGGCGGCCGACAUCGCAGUGGGCGUGCUCGCCAUCCCCUUUGCCAUCACCAUCAGCACCGGGUUCUGUGCUGCCUGCCACGGCUGCCUCUUCAUUGCCUGCUUUGUCCUGGUCCUCACGCAGAGCUCCAUCUUCAGCCUCCUGGCCAUCGCCAUUGACCGCUACAUCGCCAUCCGCAUUCCGCUCCGGUACAAUGGCUUGGUGACUGGCACAAGGGCUAAGGGCAUCAUUGCCAUCUGCUGGGUGCUGUCGUUUGCCAUCGGCCUGACUCCCAUGCUGGGUUGGAACAACUGCGGUCAGCCAAAGGAGGGCAAGAACCACUCCCAGGGCUGCGGGGAGGGCCAGGUGGCCUGUCUCUUUGAGGAUGUGGUCCCCAUGAACUACAUGGUGUACUUCAACUUCUUUGCCUGUGUGCUCGUGCCCCUGCUGCUCAUGCUGGGUGUCUAUUUGCGUAUCUUCCUGGCGGCGCGACGACAGCUGAAGCAGAUGGAAAGCCAGCCUCUGCCAGGGGAACGGACACGGUCCACACUGCAGAAGGAGGUUCAUGCUGCCAAGUCGCUGGCCAUCAUUGUGGGGCUCUUUGCCCUCUGCUGGCUGCCCCUACACAUCAUCAACUGCUUCACUUUCUUCUGCCCCGACUGCAACCACGCCCCUCUCUGGCUCAUGUACCUGGCCAUCAUCCUCUCCCACACCAAUUCGGUUGUGAAUCCCUUCAUCUACGCCUACCGUAUCCGCGAGUUCCGCCAGACGUUCCGCAAGAUCAUUCGCAGCCAUGUCCUGAGGCAGCAAGAACCUUUCAAGGCAGCUGGCACCAGUGCCCGGGUUUUGGCAGCUCAUGGCAGUGAUGGAGAGCAGGUCAGCCUCCGUCUCAACGGCCACCCGCCGGGAGUGUGGGCCAACGGCAGUGCUCCCCACCCUGAGCGGAGGCCCAAUGGCUAUGCCCUGGGGCUGGUGAGUGGAGGGAGUACCCAAGAGUCCCAGGGGAACACGAGCCUCCCAGAUGUGGAGCUCCUUAGCCAUGAGCUCAAGGGAGUGUGCCCAGAGCCCCCUGGCCUAGACGACCCCCUGGCCCAGGGUGGAGCAGGAGUGUCCUGAUGAUCCAUGGAGUUUGCCCCUUCCUAAGGGAAGGAAAUCUUUAUCUUUCUGGUUGGCUUGACCAGUCACGUUGGGAGAAAAGAGAGAGUGCCAGGAGACCCCGAGGGCAGCCAGUUCCUACUUUGGACUGAGAGGAGGGAGCCCCAGGCUGGAGCAGCAUGAGGCCCAGCAAGAAGGGCUUGGGGUCUGAGGAAGCAGACGUUUCAUGCUGUGAGGCCUUGCACCAGGUGGGGGCCACAGCACCAGCAGCAUCUUUACUGGGCAGGGCCCAGCCCUCCACUGCAGAAGCAUCUGGAAGCACCACCUUGUCUCCACAGAGCAGCUUGGGCACAGCAGACUGGCUUGGCCCUGAGGCUGGGGAAUGGCUCCAACAGCCUCCUGCCACCCACACACCACUCUCCCUAGACUCUCCUAGGGUUCAGGAGCUGCUGGGCCCAGAGGUGACAUUUGACUUUUUUCCAGGAAAAAUGUAAGUGUGAGGAAACCCUUUUUAUUUUAUUACCUUUCACUCCCUGGCUGCUGGGUCUGCUGUCAGUCCUGCUGCUAAACCUGGCACCAGAGCCUCUGCCUGGGAGCCUCAGGCAGUCCUCUCCCGCUGUCACGGCUGCCAUCCACUUCUCAGUCCCAGGGCCAUCUCUUGGAGUGACAAAUCUGGGAUCAAGGACAGGGAGUUGUAACGGAGCAGUGCCAGAGCAUGGGCCCAGGCCCCAGGGGAGAGGUUGGGGCUGGCAGGCCACUGGCAUGUACUGAGUAGCACAGAGCUACCCAGUGAGAGGCCUUGUCUAACUGCCUUUCCUUCUAAAGGGAAUGUUUUUUUCUGAGAUAAAAUAAAAAUGAGCCACAUCGUGUUUUAAGCUUGUCCAAAUAAGAA